AUAUUAUUUUCCUCAAAGUUACUACUUAGUUUUGCACGAGCUCUUUGCAGUCCAGAGCGCGCUCCCGUUGACUCUUUUCUUCCAGCGUUGCGCGCUCCCGUCUCUCUGACAUUCCGCCUGCUCUCACGUGUUUUCUGUGUAUAAAAGGGUCCCAGUCUCUCAUCAUGUCCACUGUGUCACCAGACAAACGGCGAAAAAUGGAGUCAGCACUGAACCAGCUGAAGAAACACACUGUGGUGGUAGCAGACACCGGGGAUUUUAACGCCAUUGACGAGUACAAGCCACAAGAUGCCACCACUAACCCUUCUCUUAUCCUGGCUGCUGCCAAGAUGCCCGCCUACCACCACCUGCUGGACCAGGCCAUUAAAUACGGCAUCGCCAAAGGCGGCACUGAAGAGGAGCAGGUGUCCAACACAAUGGACAAGCUGUUUGUGAGUUUCGGGCUAGAGAUCCUCAAGAAGGUCCCAGGCAGAGUCUCUACCGAGGUGGACGCCAGACUAUCUUUCGACAAAGAUGAAAUGGUUGCCAAGGCCCUGAGGUUCAUCACUCUCUACAAAGAAGCAGGCAUUGAGAAGGAGCGCGUGCUCAUCAAGCUGUCCUCCACAUGGGAAGGAAUCCAGGCCGGCAGGGAACUCGAGGAGAAGCACGGUAUUCACUGCAACAUGACCCUGCUGUUCUCCUUUGCUCAGGCUGUGGCCUGUGCAGAAGCAAAGGUAACACUUAUAUCACCCUUCGUUGGACGCAUCCUCGACUGGCACAAGGAGAAUACAGGCCGCACAAGCUACGAGCCACACGAAGACCCAGGUGUGCUGAGUGUGACCAAAAUUUACAACUACUACAAGAAGUUUGGCUACAGCACAGUGGUGAUGGGCGCCUCCUUCAGGAACACGGGGGAAGUGAAAGCCCUGGCAGGCUGUGAUCUGCUCACCAUCUCCCCCGGGCUGCUAGCAGAGCUAAGCCAGGACCACAGCACCGUCACAGAGAUGCUCAAUGUAGAGAAAGCCAAGGCCUGUGAUCUGGAGAAGAUCCACCUAGAUGAGAAGGAUUUCCGCUGGCAGCACAACGAGGACCGCAUGGCCGUGGAGAAACUGUCUGACGGCAUCCGCAAGUUCGCUGCUGACGCCAUCAAGCUGGAGACCAUGAUCAAAGAGAAAAUGCUCAAUGUUAAGAACAGCCAGUAAAGGACAGAUUUGGCAGUUAUCAGGUUGCCUGAUGAAAGAAGGUCCGGAGCACUAGGCCUUCCCUGUCCUAAUGUGACCAAACUCCAGGGACCUUCCACCUGAAGGGACACAUUUCCGCUCUUAGUCUUAGGACUAACUCUUAACCUUUCAUGUUUUCUGACCAAACCUAAAUGGUGACUGAUGCUAAUGUUCGUGUGGAGUUGACAUGAGUCAAUAUUUAAAACUUACUAGAAAUUUGACCAGAAAGGGAAAAACGUAUAAUGUCUUAAUUAUGUUUUGACAUCGCUGACCCAUUUUUUGUCAGGAAAGGACCACCUUUUCUUUUCUUUUUUUUAUCUACACCAUUGAGGGUAGAACUUGAUAAAAAAACAUUGUACCGUCAUUCCUCAGAAUAUAAUCUUUUGCUUUUUCAAUGAAUAAAAAUCUGUCAAUA